UCGCUCCGGCACUCGCCGCCCUCCGGCCCGAUCCCGCCGUCGCGUUGGCCUCCAUAUCCGCCUCCUCGCUCAGGAUGGCGAGGGAGCUCGGCGGCGCUCUGUGCCGCACCCCGGCGAGGGAUCCCGCAUCCGCGCUCGGGAGCGACGAGAACGCGCGUCCUGGCGGAGCUUCGACUCCCGCCCCGGCGGAGCCCAUCGCGACCUCCCGCCCCCCCCUCCGCCCUAUCCAGCCGCCGGGGCAGCCCCGGCGGCCGGCGCCGACGCCCAAGAAGGGUAAGGAGGAUAGGGCAGCGGGCAAGACGCCGGCGCGGGUCGGCGCGGUGACCACUCCCCUUGGCCCGACCAAGAUCCUGGGGAAGCCGAAGCCGGUGCCGAGGCAGGGGUUCUUGACGAUGGGGGCCAGUUCUGCGCAGGUCCAACGUUCCAAGGUCCGAAACCCCAUCUUGCUCCGGGAGGAGAAUCGCAACGUGCAGAAUGUUUCGUCAACAUUGCAGCAAGAUGACUCUCAUGCACCUGCAAAGGAAGAAGACAACUCAGAAGAUACAUUGAGCCUGCAGCUGGAGUUGGCCAUAACCGAAACAAUUCUUGCGGACGAGAUGAAAGCCCGAGCAGAAGCUGAGGUCAGGGCAACUGCUUUAGGAGAUGAGCUGAAAGCAGCAAAUUUACGUACCCUUGAAGCUUGCAGGCAGAAGGAAGCCACAGAAAAGGAACUGAAAGACACAUUAUCUGUUUUGGAUGUUGUUGAAUCGGAGCAGAUUUGUUUGAUAAAGGAAGUAGAGGAGCUGAAGAAGAAGAAUUUGGAGCAGGUUAGUUUGAUAAAGGAACUAGAGGAGCUGAAGAAAAACAAUUUCCAAAGCCCAGUAUUUCAUAAGAAGAGGGAUGUGGAAACUCUGAUUUUAAACACUGAGCUUGAGCAAGAAAUGGAUGAAAUCCAUAGGCAGGCUAUGUGUGAAACGUCUGAGGUGAUUAUAUCCUUACAAAAACAGCUGUUGUCACUGCAACAGCAGCUAGAUGCCUGUAACAAAAAAGAGUUGUUGGCUGCCAAACGCCUUGUUUUGUUGGAUCAAUCCACCGAAAUUCUUGUGCAGAAGGAGGUUCUUGAACAAUGCUUUGUUUCAUUACUGAGAGGGAUGGAAGAAGAGACUCGUCAGCUCGAGUCCAAACUAGACCAGUCAAAUAGAUUCUAUGAAGGUAGAAUUAAAGAACUGGAGAUAAAGAUGCAAGAAAUGGAUUAUCAGGCUGGAGCAUUACUUAUUUCAUGGAAUAAAGAAAAAGAGAUAUCAGAGGAAAGGAAGGCAUAUGUCGAAGAGAAAAAUAAAGUAAUCAAGCUAUUGGAGAUGUCCAAUGAGGAUGGCCAGAUUACUGUGUGUUCAUUGGAAGAAAAGGUGAAAUUACUCGAGGAAGAAGCACAACAACACAGAAGGCAACAGGAAAAACUAGAAGUGGAGCUGCAGAAUGCCAGGCAACAAUUGCUAGUUGUGCCAUCCUCUGGGGAAGCAAAGAGCUCCUUGGAAGACAGAAUGGUUGAUUCACCUGACCCAACCAGGCACCCGAGUAAUAUAAACAAUGGGGUACUGCGUUCUCAGGAGAGUAGAAUAGGUCGAAAGGAGCCUUUUGAAUCAGAGGUAAUGAUGGCAUUCUUUGAAGAGCAAAUGCAAGGAAGCUAUGCAAGCUCAUUAGGUGAUGUAUUCAAGGAAGUUGCAGAAGAUUCUCUUCCUGUCUCACAUUCUCUUCCACACAUUACAAGCCAAACAAAGCCGAAUCCAAAUGUAGUUGAGGAGGCAGUCGAGCUAGACACUAUAGCUGUUGAGUCAACUCCUCUGGUGGAACACCAAGACGAGCCUGGUGAGCCUUCUUCAGAUGAGUGCAUGCAGGAGUCCGACCCAUCAGGUCUAGAGAUGGCAAAGCCACAUUCAUUAGAAAAGGAUUUCUGGUCCGAGAACUCGGAGUUUGAUUCAGAAGAGCAAGUGCCGCCUCCAGCUGUGGAGUCAGUGAUUGAAGUUCUGAAGGAGAAUGAGUUGCCUCCAGUUUCUCUAGUGCGUCCCAAUGAUCCGGUGGACUACACUCGAGCCCCUUUUGAGCUGAAGAGGCUCAGAAGCAGGAACCACUACAAGGGGCAUAGGACAGCAACAGACAGGAGAUUCUGGUCCAUUGAGCAGCAGGACUUGUACAACUUCAUAUACAGUAGGGCCGGGUUGUUUCCUAUGCAGUGGAUAGACUGGGACUAUAUUGAUAGCAUGGAUGAGUUUUCUUGUGUCAGACAGAGAUGUGCCCAUGUGGGGCUUGAGCAGAUGAUGAGUUACCAUUGUGAUUGGGACAUCGAACUGAUUAGGCAGUUUUACUCUACAGUUUAUAUCAGCGACGACAAUAGCUCUAUUACUUGGAUGGCAGAUGGCAGGAGGGUCACUACCAACAAAAGAGCAUGGGAGGAGACAUUUGGCAUUGCUGGCAGCAUUCACACUUCAAGAAUUCACUCAGAGUUUUUCUUUGAUGAUGAUGACAAGAGGAUCAUGUACACAGCUGCAGAAUGCACAGUAGACCAAACCAGGGGCCUCUCUCCAUUGGCUAGCAUAGCCAAUAAGAUUAUUUGGAAAACCAUCUAUCCCAAGUCUUCUGGAAGUAAAGUCCACGGAUACAACUGGAACCUCCUACAUCAUAUUGUGGAGCAGCACCCAUUUGACAUCAUUGCUUUGAUCUUCGACGAGAUUAAGUUACUUAUUUCAGAUCACAGUCCUUUUCUAAAAAAAAAGAAGAAAGAUCACAGUCGCACUAACCUCUUGUAUGCACCAUACAUCAUGGGGAUGAUCAUGCGAGCUUUUGAAUAUGAUGGACCUAGAGAAACCAGGCACCAGCCCUACAAGCCCAGGCCCGACAAGUCAAAGCAGACGAAAAAAGUUGGUCGUCCACUGGCACCUGCAGUAGUUGCACCUUCUGAGCCACCACCUUCAGCAUGUCAGCCGGAGGUAGAGGCCAAUGUUGAGGCAGAUGACCACAGCCAGUUUGAGGAAGCCGGACACCGGCCCCAGGGAGAGGCAGUGCAGCAUACCAAUGCCUCGUCUUCUCAGAUCCUAGCUCCACGCUCCUCCCUGACACCUUCCCUUGAGGCUACCACUCCCUCACCGCCUCUGGCUCCAGCUGCAUUUCCUGAGCAGGCCAGCAUGAUGCACGCCGGCCUCCGGUGCUUCAGCUCAGCCAGCUGUUUUGGGGCCAAGUCCUUUUAGUCACUUUAGUUGGUAUCAAAGAGAUAAGUGAUGGGUUUAUGUGCUGUCCUUGAUGUCUACCUUGCACUCGUAUUCUGGUUAUUUUGUCUAUAUAUAUCUUGGACUUGUUCACCAUGUAUAUUCUUCUAUCAAGAAAGACCUUGAGAAGAGCAUAUCGAGACUUGAGAAAUCAGUACUAUGAUAGGCAUAUGUGUGCCCACUCUGUCUUGUGUGCACUUAGUCAGGGUCCUUGGUCUUCUAAAUUAUAUAUGUGUAUGAUUUUGCAGCUUUUGAUCUUCUUUCAUUGUGGGUUAGGAAUUUGGUUAAUGUGUUCAGAGUCAGGGAGGAACAAGCUCCUAUUCAGCAGCAGCAAGUUGAAUUAUUGGCUAUUGAUCUUGGCUCAGGCUUCACUUUUGUAAUUGUGCUCCUGUCCUGUACAUAAAUAAUCUUCAUGUGUCCAUACUCGAGAAAAAUGUGUCCAGGAACUUAUGAUUCUGAAUAUCGGAGUCUGAUUCAGGAAGACCCUUUUUUCGAAGAAGAAUGGUCCAGGAUCAGAUGGUUAGCCGCUUGGCCAGUGAGGGGUGCUAGCUGUGGGAUGGGCCACAUGGUGGUUAGCCGCUUGGCCAGUGAGGUGAGCAUCAGCUGCUUGCGAAAAUGCUUGCGCGGGACAAGAACCGGCUGGCAUGGCAUAUGUUGGUUCAACUUGGGACUUGGCUUCUGGGCUUUAAAAUUCUUCGCUGGGUGCCGUCAGGUGGUAUUUGGUACCUGAUUUGAUCUGGUCUUGAGUUUGUGCUGGACAUGCAGUUAGGGUAGUUAGUAAUAGAUACCUCCUCCUCUGGUCUUUGAGUUUCUAACCGGUUGCUGGAAUCAGUGGAAUAUGGCUAAAUUUCACCAUGAUAUUUGUUUGUGUCCCU